AUGUACAGCCAACCAGUAUACGCCGAGACAGAAACAGAAGCACUCUACGACUUCAUCCGCGCCAAUCCCCUAGGCGUCCUCACAACCGCCAUCCCGUCCGACCUCUACCCGCUCCUCCAAUCCACCCACAUCCCCUGGAUCCUCGACCCCCCGAACCAGGCCAAUGGAACCACCAAAGCAAGACUACGCGGCCACAUCGCCCGCCAAAACCCGCAAUCCAAAGCCAUAACCGCCUCCCUCACAACCUCCAACUCCCCGUCCGGCUCAUGUUUAUCCCAAGAAGUCAUGAUCCUCUUCACCUCCCCGCAUCACCACUACGUGACGCCCAAAUUCUACACGGAGACGAAACCGGUCACGGGCAAAGUGGCUCCCACGUGGAAUUAUAGUACGGUGCAGGUGUAUGGCACUGCAACUGUGUAUUUUGAUCCAGAGGAACAAGCGACGGGGGCGUUUCUGGAUGCGCAGCUGCGGGACUUGUCGGCGCACUGUGAGGGCCAGGUUAUGGGGUUUGAGGGGGAGGAGGCAUGGAGGGUGGAUGAGGCGCCGGAGGGGUAUUUACGGGUCUUGAAGAGGAAUAUUGUGGGGUUGAGUGUGGAGAUUGACAGGAUUGAGGGCAAGGUGAAGAUGAGUCAGGAGAGGAAACGGGGGGAUCGGGAGGGUGUUAUCAAGGGGUUUGAGGCUUUGGGGACUGAUACGGCGAAGGAGGUUGCCAGGUUGGUGAGGCAGAAGGGGGAUGAGGUUGGGGGGUGA